UGGAGGAGAGGAUUUCCUGCAUGAAGACAGUUUCACUUCUUUUUUUAUUAGAAUAAAACAUCCUGCAAAGUCUGUUUUUACCAAAGUGAGCACAAUGGAUGCACUAAUUUCCUUCCUCGUUCUUUCAUUCUUACCACGGCUCGUUGUGCCUGACGUUCCCACUUCGACCUCAUAUAGGGCCAUUGUCGAAAUAGUUUCUGGGAAAUCCAGGAUCUUCACCGGGGAACGUCUGCACCUAAGAUGCAUCAUUCCUGAUGUUUACAAGGUCUCCUGGGAUUACCUGUGGUUCAGGGGAUCUGUACAGCUUCCAUGGUCUGGGGAGGUACUCCAGCUGUGGAAUGCCAACAUUAAAGAGAGCGGCAAAUAUUUCUGUCAAGGAAAGAGGGAGACACAGGUGGGAAGCAUAAAAACACAAAGAAGUCUACCUGAGGAGAUCCAUGUUGAUGGAGGGUUUGUCAUACUGCAAACCCCACAACACCCUAUCCUCGUUGGAGACGUCUUGGAUUUCGAGUGUCGCCUCCGAGGGAAGGCUCCCGUCCAACAGACGAUCUUGUACAGAGAUGGCGUUGAAGUCAUGGUACAGAGUGGGAGCAGUUUAAAUUUCCACCUCGCCAAUGUGACUCUGGCGGAUGAAGGAAUGUACUCCUGCAGGGCAUCUUGGGACCUGAGUAGGUGUACGCACUCAGUGAUCUCUGCCGCCACUCCUGUGAAUAUUUUAGAGGUUCUAACUCAGCCGGUGCUGGAGAUUGAUGCAGAAGGCGUUGAGCUCCAAGUGACUAAAAUAAAUCUCAUCUGCCACCUUCAGUACAACGCCCGAGCCCCUGCACCUCCAGUAAAUUACUAUUUCUACAAGAACAACAAUCUACUGGGACCAUCAACCUCACUAAACCACAUCAAUGUCAGACAGGCUCCAGGAUGGUAUAGCUGCAAGGCCAAGGUUCCAAGGCUGGACAUCAUAAGGUGGAGUGAGCCCAAGCGCUUUGGAAAGGUCACAGGACUUCAUUUGAUGCCUCCUGAUCCUCAUCACAGAAACCAGAUGUCAUCUUCUCCCUCUAAAUCACCUCCACACAUCUCUUUGGCUCCUGCAACUCAGCCAGCAACACCAAAGCCCUUUGCUGCAACUCCAUCUUUUAAUCAACACACAGAGGGCUCUGAACAAUCCUCGAUGCAUUCUGAGUUACCAGUCCCAACCAGUCUGCCACCUCCAGACCAGUUUCCAGGCCAAACUAAAGCUCCGAAACCAUGAGAUGUGUCAAGAGGAUUAUUUUAGAAAGUCCUGUGACAUAUCUGGAGGUCCGUCACAUUUAAGCUCAUUUUGACCCAUUCUCAUCAAUAUUCUGAGGCUUAGCCUUCUAACAAUUAUUAACACCAUUCUGCUGUUCUGCUAAUAUACAGGUAUGUGUAUAAAUGCUAACAAUUCUUCACAUCAGCUUCACUGAGUCAGAGGAAGCAGAAUAAAUACAGUUAGAAAAAACAAAUAUUACUGUUCAAACCAAUAAAGCUUUCUAUAAGCUAUA